AUGCAUGUCGACAUGUCCCACCGCGUCCGGCUCGCCGCGGCGGCAGCGGCGCUCGUCGUGGUCGCCGCGCUGGCGCUCUUCCCCGGCGCGGCGGCGGCGUGGCAGCUGACCAAGAACGGCACCGUGGUCAGCUACGACCGCCGCUCGCUCAUGAUCGACGGCCGCCGGGAGAUCUUCUUCUCCGGGUCCAUCCACUACCCGCGGAGCCCGCCGGUCAUGUGGCCGGAGCUCAUCGCCAAGGCCAAGGAGGGCGGGCUCAACACCAUCGAGACCUACGUCUUCUGGAACAUCCACGAGCCCGAGAAGGGACAGUUCAAUUUCGAGGGGCGGUACGACAUGGUGAGGUUCUUCAAGCUGAUCCAGGAGCACAACAUGUUCGCCAUGGUCCGGCUCGGGCCCUUCAUCCAGGCAGAAUGGAACCAUGGAGGGCUGCCCUACUGGCUAAGGGAGAUCCCUGACAUUGUGUUCCGGACGAACAACGAGCCAUACAAGAUGCACAUGGAGACGUUUGUGAAGAUCAUAAUAAAAAGGCUCAAGGAUGCAAACCUUUUCGCGUCACAAGGAGGCCCCAUCAUUCUAGCACAGAUUGAGAAUGAGUAUCAGCAUUUGGAAGCGGCGUUCAAAGAUGAGGGCACCAAGUACAUCAACUGGGCGGCACAGAUGGCCAUCGGCACCAACAUCGGCAUACCAUGGAUCAUGUGCAAGCAGACCAAAGCUCCUGGUGAUGUGAUUCCUACCUGCAAUGGGAGAAACUGUGGAGAUACAUGGCCAGGUCCAAUGAACAAGAGCUUGCCCCUCUUGUGGACUGAGAACUGGACUGCACAGUACAGAGUCUUCGGUGACCCACCAUCCCAGCGUUCUGCUGAGGACAUUGCGUUCGCCGUGGCACGCUUCUUCUCCGUGGGGGGUACUAUGACAAACUAUUACAUGUACCAUGGUGGAACAAACUUUGGAAGGACAUCUGCUGCCUUUGUGAUGCCAAAAUACUACGACGAGGCACCUCUCGAUGAAUUCGGCCUGUACAAGGAGCCUAAGUGGGGCCAUCUGAGGGACCUGCACCUGGCGCUGAAGCUGUGCAAGAAGGCCCUGCUCUGGGGUACGCCGUCGACGGAGAAGCUGGGCAAGCAAUUCGAGGCGAGGGUGUUCGAGAUACCGGAUCAGAAGGUGUGCGUGGCGUUCCUCUCCAACCACAACACCAAGGACGACGUGACGCUGACGUUCCGGGGCCAGUCCUACUUCGUGCCGCGCCACUCCAUCAGCAUCCUCGCCGACUGCAAGACCGUCGUCUUCGGCACCCAGCACGUGAACGCGCAGCACAACCAGAGGACGUUCCACUUCGCGGACCAGACGACGCAGAACAACGUGUGGCAGAUGUUCGACGAGGAGAAGGUGCCCAAGUACAAGCAGGCCAAGAUCAGGACGCGCAAGGCCGGCGAUCUCUACAACCUCACCAAGGACAAGACCGACUACGUCUGGUACACCUCCAGCUUCAAGUUGGAGCCAGACGACAUGCCGAUCCGCCGUGACAUCAAGACGGUGCUCGAGGUCAACAGCCAUGGGCACGCCAGCGUGGCGUUUGUCAACAACAAAUUCGUAGGAUGUGGGCACGGGACCAAGAUGAACAAGGCGUUCACGCUGGAGAAGCCCAUGGAGCUGAAAAAGGGCGUGAACCACGUCGCCGUCUUGGCAUCGUCGAUGGGAAUGAUGGACAGUGGCGCUUACCUGGAGCACCGUCUGGCCGGCGUCGACAGGGUGCAGAUCACGGGCCUCAACGCGGGCACGCUGGACCUGACGAAUAACGGCUGGGGCCACAUCGUCGGCCUCGUCGGCGAGCAGAAGGAGAUCUACACCGAGAAGGGCAUGGCCAGCGUCACCUGGAAGCCGGCCGUCAACGACAAGCCUCUCACCUGGUACAAGAGGCACUUCGACAUGCCGUCGGGAGAGGACCCGAUCGUGCUUGAUAUGAGCACGAUGGGCAAGGGCAUGAUGUAUGUCAAUGGCCAGGGCAUCGGCCGCUACUGGAUCUCCUACAAGCACGCCCUCGGCCGGCCAUCGCAGCAGCUGUACCACAUUCCCCGGUCCUUCUUGCGGCAGAAGGACAACGUGCUGGUGCUGUUCGAGGAGGAGUUCGGACGGCCGGACGCGAUCAUGAUCCUGACGGUGAAGCGCGACAACAUCUGCACCUACAUCUCGGAGCGGAACCCGGCGCACAUCAAGUCGUGGGAGCGCAAGGACAGCCAGAUCACGGCGAACUCCGACGACCUCAAGGCCCGGGCGACGCUGACGUGCCCGCCCAAGAAGCUCAUCCAGCAGGUGGUGUUCGCGAGCUACGGCAACCCCAUGGGCAUCUGCGGCAACUACACCAUCGGCAGCUGCCACACGCCGAGCGCCAAGGAGGUGGUGGAGAAGUCAUGCCUCGGCAAGCGCAUCUGCACGCUGCCCGUGUCCGCCGACGUCUACGGCGGCGACGUCAACUGCCCCGGCACCACCGCCACGCUUGCCGUGCAGGCCAAGUGCUCCAAGAGGUCGCCCAGCGCCUCCGCGCAGUAA